AUUCCAUUCCAAGCAAGCGGUCCAGGUCGGAAAAACUUGCUCCAUCUCAUCCUCAUCGCGUCUCCCAGAUCACCUGACCCCGUGGUUGGUUGGUCCUCGUCGCGAUUGGUUCUUUCUUGGUCCGUUCGCUCACUUCUCGCCCUGUCUUUGCCUGCGGCUGCUGCUGCUCUGGGACAGGUGGGAGAGGAGGCGCCACACCCAGACGAGAGGCUUCCCGAGUCCACCGCCAGCACGAGUCCACCGCCGGCACUUUGACUCGGAGCCGGAGAUUCUUGCGAGGAACUGGCAGGGAUCUGCUGCCCAUCCGCAUAUCAUGCUGCAACAGUAGUUCACUCGUCGGAGGAAGGCGCAUCACACGAACUAGGUGGAAGGAACCGGACGGAGCUUGGAGAGGGCAAGCGGGCAAGGGGAGUGAGUAGUGGUUCUCGGUGUCUUCUUUAACCACUCUGUCCGAUCCGCUGGUGUGUCUGCGCGAUCCUGUUGACGAAUCAAUCGCCGGGACGGUUAAUUAAGCAUUCCAAUCCUCAGCCAUGGCCGUGGACACUACUCAACCGGAGUACUGGCUCAACUGGAGGUUCUUGCUGUGCGCGCUCUGGGUCUACUCCUGCAUGGCCUUGGCAUUCUUCCUGAUUAAGAAGUACGAGGGGGCCAGUUCACCGGACAGCAAUGGCGAUGACGGUGGAGACAGAGAAGAGGCGUUACCACGUGUCAGACCUGGUGUUGUUUAUCUUGAAGAUUGCUGGAAGACAUGCCUUGAGGGUAUCCACCCUGGCUGGCUGCUGGCAUUUCGCGUUGUGGCCUUCUUCGUUUUGGCUUCGCUGCUCGUGGUCGACAUCAUUACUGAUGGAUGGAGUAUCUUCCUAUACUACACUCAGUGGACGUUCUUGCUUGUCACCUUGUAUUUUGGGCUUGGAUCGUUACUUUCUAUAUAUGGAUGCUAUCAGUAUGUUUACAAUACUGGUGGGGAUAGAUAUGAUCCGGUAAGAUCUGGUGCAGAUCAUGGCACAUAUAUGAUAGCUCCAACUGCGGAAAGUGUAUAUGACCCUGCAAUCAAAAUUUCUCAUGACACUAAAACAAACAAUGGUGGAGAAAUAGCAGGAGUUUGGGGUUAUAUGUUCCAGAUCAUGUUUCAGACAAAUGCAGGUGCUGUGAUGAUUACAGAUUUGGUGUUCUGGUUUAUUCUGUACCCUUUCCUUGCCCACAAUCAGUACAAGAUGGAUUUUAUUCUGAUUGGGACACAUUCAAUCAACGUUGUCUUCAUAGUUGGAGAUGCAGCUCUAAACAGACUGCAUUUCCCGUGGUUUAGGAUAGCAUACUUCCUACUGUGGACGGGCAUUUUUGUUAAUGUUCAGUGGAUCGUCCACUUUUUCGUGUCAAUAGGGUGGCCUUACCCAUUUCUAGACUUGACAUUCCCUGGUGCACCUGUAUGGUACCUGGUGGUGGCACUGCUGCACCUCCCAUGCUACGGCAUGUUCGCCCUGGUGCUGAGGCUCAAGCAUAUGUUGCUGGAAAGCUGGUUCCCUCAAACUUAUGCGAAGUAAUCAAGGACGACAAUAGAUGGAGUUGGUUGUCUCUAUACGCUUCCUUCAGCAAAAAAAUUAAGCGGAGGUUCUGCAAACUGUAUGCACCACGGAAUCACAUUGAAAUAGAUCACACCUGUCUGUCGACGGGUUUCUCCGGAAGUGGACAUGUAGAUUGACAGAGCAUGUUCCAAAAAUUUCGAGACCAGCAGCUUAUUUAAACCAGCUGUUGUCUCCAGCAUCAUACCCUUUUUUUUGUUUACCCCCAAUGGAGAUAUCAGACAUGUGUACAGUCCGCUAAUAUAUUCAAUCGUUUCCAGCAAA